CGUUCCUUCCUCGACCGUCCUCAACCCGACCGCGUUUCCCUCGGGCCACGUCCUUCACGAUUCCCCAACCCUCUCUCAGCGCCGCGCCGCCGCCGCCGCCGCGAAUCCCGUCGAGCCGGUCUACCUCUCCUCGUCCCGCCGCCGCCGCUCCCCCCUUCCCCUCCAGAUCCAGCGGGGAAUCGCUCGGAUCCAGCGGGGGAUUUCUUCUGUAGUCUUGCUCUAAUUCUGGUGCGUCCAGUUUGGCGCCGCCGCUGCGACCAUGUUCCAGCUAGGGCCCGCCCCCGGCAAGCGGUUCUGGGCGCGGCACCGGUGGAAGGUGCUUCUGUCGCUGGGCGUCGCCGGCGCCGGCUACGCAGCGUACAGGCUCUACGACGCGCACCGGAGCCAGCUCGUCCGGGUGGAGCAGCGCCAGCUGGAGGAGCGCGCCGCCGAUGAGCUCGUCAAGAACCAGUUGCAAGCCCACUUUGAAAAUGUGCAGAGGAUCUCGGAUACGACCACAUUGCCUUUUGCCAUGCAUUAUCUCCGUUCACGGAUAGUGGAAGAAUUGGAUAUCUCGCACUUGACUGAGAAGCUGCUGCAAGGGAAGGGAGAAUCCGGUGUGCUGACAACAAAGGAGAAGUACGAUACCUGGGAGAAGAUUAAGAUCAUGAGUUUCACAAGGACAGUGUCUUCAAUGUGGGCGAUGACAUUGCUUAGCUUGUAUGUUAGAGUUCAGGUCACCAUAUUGGGCAGACAUCUCUACUUAGAUUUUGCCCGUGGUACAGAUGGUUCACAGUUACAGGCAGAAUCUGACACUCUUGGCAGAAAUGGGCAUAAGGACUUUCUUGCAACUGCUGAUUAUCUCGCUACAUAUGGUAUCAAUACAUUGAUAAUGCAAAUGGAACACGCUGCAACAGAAAUCUUGAAAGAGAAGCAACUGAAAGAUCUUAUGAGCAUGGACCAAGUAUUACAAACGGUGUUGCAAAUAUUUGACCAGUUCAUGAGUCUUUGUGAGGAUAAAUCAUGGAUUAAUUACCUUGUGCCUGAGAAUGCCAAUCGUUAUGCACAGUUGUUGGCUGUGUCUGGUAGUGGCUUUGAUGACUCAUCUCUUCUAAUGGAUGUUAGAAAGCUUGACCAGUUAAUGACCGAGACACGCAUAGUGUUGGCAAGUGAUGAUUUCAGAAACGUCAUGGACAUGUCACUGAGGAAGAUAGCUGAUGUGGUGAUAGAGGACUUGGGUGCACAGCUUGGAGCUGCUGUUCCUCCAUCAGGAUUGCCAUUGGCGAAGCUCUUGGCUAGAGUAGCUCAGCUGAGUUCACCAUUGCUUGAGGAACCAAGUAAGAACAAGCACAUCCAGAUUAUUCGAAGCAUGCCUGAGGUGGAACUCUUCUACACAUUUCUCUAUGCAAACAUGCCACCACAGACAUGAUUAUACAUCGAUGUGGAAAGAAAUACAUUUUCUUCCUAAAUUUUGCCCCGGGAAACUCCAAAAGAUCUAGUUAUUUAUGUACGAAAAGUCGAGCAUUCUGCGGUACGGAAAACGGAUGCAGGUGGGGAGGAGGUUGGUUUCAUGCUAUGUAUAUUCUGCGCACGUGCCAUUGUUACUAACAAGUAUCUAACUGGGUGUUGUUCUUUGAGGGUGUUCUUUUUUCACUUGAUGCUUUUGCUUUGUGGGGUUCUAGUUACAAUUUUCCCCGGUCUGUUUCUGCCGUUUUAUUGUUAUUUGUUUGGGAGCAUGCGCAAUGGAAAUUGCACCCGAUCAGUGUUGUUUUCUUCUUUAUUA